UGGAGGGGCCCGGACUGGAGACCUUCCAAGAGCCAACUCCAACAUGGCUGCUGAUGGCUUAGACGUGAUGGAGAAAUGCGAAGUUCCAGUUUGACCUAAAACGAAUCUUAACCCCAAAUUAAAAAAAUGACAAGCAACAACAGCAACAGGGUGAGGAGGAAGGAAAAGAACAACAGGAUGUUUCCCCAGACAUGUUGAUCAAACACCCUUUACAGAACACUUGGACUCUCUGGUUUUUUAAGAUUGAGAACAACCGAACUUGGGAGGACUGCCAGAUGGAAAUUGCAAGCUUCAACACAGUAGAGGAUUUCUGGGCAUUGUAUAAUCACAUAGAACCUGCAUCACGGUUGAAAGUUGGGUGUGACUACUCCAUGUUCAAGCAGGGCGUCAAACCCAUGUGGGAGGAUGAACAUAACUGUCGAGGGGGUCGCUGGCUCAUCAAUCUCAACAAGCAACAACGUGCCUCAGAACUAGAUAACUUCUGGUUAGAAGUGUUACUGUUAAUGAUAGGUGAAGCAUUUGAGGACCACAGUGAUGAAGUUUGUGGUGCAGUUGUAAAUGUACGUAGUAAGGGAGACAAGAUAGGUGUGUGGACUGCAGAUGCCAAGAAGAAUGAUAGCAUUCUUAAGAUUGGACAUGUACUGAAGGAGCGUUUAAACAUACCCCGGCAUGUGAACAUUGGUUUUCAAGCUCAUACAGACACUAUGGUUAAGUCUGGAUCUACAGCCAAGAACAGGUUUACUGUCUGACACUCACAAUGUUACAUAGCCUCCAGUCAUAUAUGUGUUUUACAGGCAUAAAAACCAGAUUCUUCUGUGCUGGGUAACCACACAUGUUUGUGUUGGAGAGGUGAGAUUUUAUUUUACCAAUGAAAUCUAUGAAGAGGUGGCAUUUCCAGAUGUAUGGAGCAUUUUUUCCUGUUGGAGAAUGUGACAAAACUAAAUGGCUACCUUGAUAUAUUUAGUGUGUAAGAGUUUACAGAAUAUUUGGCACAGAAUGGUUAUGAAAGUGUACCAGUAUGAACAUACAAAGCAUUAAUUGCUUUACUGUUUAUGAUGCUUGAUUGCCACAUAUUUAAAAUGAGAAAUUUGCUACUCCACUAUAAGAAUGGAAUGUCAGUCCUGCAUUGUUGAGGUUCUGGAAAAAUAUAGAAUGUACACUGAGGAAUCAGAAGAGAAGGUUAGUACUGCAGUAAAAUGUUGUGCUUUUAACAUUACAGUAAUUUCAUUAUUGUGUAUCAUAACCAUUUACAGAUGAUGAUAAUCAUAAAUCUUCAUAACACAAUUUCUUGUUACAUGAUAAUGUGAUGGGUGGUUCUUGUUACCAUUUGUGUGCAUAAUUAUGAAAAGGUUAAGUGGAAAUAAUAAUAUUUUUUUUUACAUCCAAAAUUCUUAAAUAACCCACAAGCAUACAUGUAUUAUUUCCAACUCUUCUGAAGGUGAAGUGUAUAAGAAAUGUACCUGUGUUGUACUGUGCACUCUUGUAGUGGCCAGAGAUAUCAAUUUGUUGUGGAACUGAAAAGGUGGUAAGUGUGUUUCAGUGCAGUGCGCAAGCUUUGCUGUAUGUUAGUUGAGCCCUGCAAAGAGUCAGUAGCAUCCUUUAGAAACUUUUUACCCGUGGUCAAAAGAAUAUUGAUGGUAAAUCACUUGUGGAUGGAACAUACAAAAUGUUUUAUCAUAGAAAUGGUGGCUAUGGUGAAACAAGAUGCACUGGAAGUUGUUACACAUAGAUAUUUUAUGUUAUAUAUUGUUCCAUUUCCAGUGAUUUACAUGUAAUGUGAUUAUUGCUCCUUGGUUGGCUUCUGUUAACUUUGCUACCUUAUUAUAUGUAACUUGGUAUAGAAAUGUCGGUUGACAUAAGUAUUUCUCAGCCGUGAUUAUUACCCCCGUAUCCAUCAUGUGUUAAAAAUUCUCUUGCAACUAAUUACCUCGGGUAUUACUUUUGAAGGGCUUAUGGUAUUUUAUAGGAGUCUGAAAUGUUUGAAAAAUAUUUAUGUAAAUGUAUAUAAAGCUCUAGGAUAUUUAAAGAGCCUUUAGAUGUAUCUCUUGUGGUACUGCAUUGUCACUGAAAAUAUGAUGAAAAUUUGUCAACUUUGGUAGUAAACCAGCGUUAUGAUAAGACUUUCAGUGGAGCCAAACUUGGGGUAAGUCACUGUGAAUGGUACAGUGUGUAGAAUGCAGCACCUAUUAUUAGGAAAGGAAUUAAAUCUAUGUGGAGGUUCAGCAGUGGGACAUGUAUUCAGUUCCCAAAUAUCCUCCCAUUUAAUGGUUUUAUAUCUUUCAGUUAAAGGUGUCUCGUUAUAUCGACUGUUAAAUUCUGUGAUAAACCUUAAUUUUAUUACAUGUACAUAUGAAAGUUGUCAAGUUUGCUCUUUGAAGUCAAUUUUGAGGCAGAAUGCUUUAGUUCCCUAUAUUUAUUUUUUGCUUGCAUGCAAGCAUUUGAGUUGCAAUUAUAUUUGACUAAUUUUCAUAUUAAUGCAGCUGCAAACAGUCAUUGAGCUUGAGGAAAUUCCAAUAAAUUGAUGAAAUUGCAUACCAGUUUAAUUACUUGAAAAAUGGAAAAGCUUAUAUAGCUGAAGUUUUAGCAUUUGUAAGACAUAUCAGUGUGCUGAUGGAAGGGGUACAAUAUUGUACGUUUUUUGUACAUAGUACUCAGAUAUGCAGGUAUGUUGAAUAUGUAAAACUACACUUUGCUGUUUUCUAUUGGUGUAUCUGUAAGAUUGUCUUCUGGAAAGAAGAAUGAAGCAAGUUCCAAAGUAUAACCUGAUGUAGUUUAUUACUUGGUUGUAAUUUUUAGUUCUGGAAGAAAACUGGAGUUGCUCAUCUAUAUUUGAAAUGGGUUACUGGUUCUUCAAAGAUAAUUUGAUAAUUACUAUGUUAUGGGCUCCGAGUUCUCCAACUAUACAAUAAAGUAAUUCCUUUUAUACUUUUGUGAUCUGACUAAUUAGUUACUCAGUCAUGUAGAAAUUUUUAUACUGUACUGCUGACUGUGGAGCUUCUAGUGAGAAUCUAAUCAGAAUAUAUUGAUAGGUUUUUCAGGGACCCAUAACUAGGACUUUCAACUUUUCCUAGGCCUUAUAAACUGCAACUUGGAAAGAGCAUUUGAUAUUACUUGUCGAUUUAUUAUGAAUUUCUGAAGGUACUGCUAUUUCUUACAAAACUGUAAAAAAAAAAAUAAUAAUAAUAAUAGGACUAGAUAUCCUUUUAUAAUAAAUUUAGGUGUUAUGAAC